CCUCCUGCUCCUAAACGAAUACGGGGACCCCCCUUUUUAAAUUCAAAAUUUAAGUUCUUUUGAUAUAAGCAGCCAGCCAAGUCUGAGAGAAAAUCUAUUGCAAGUUCUACUUCGAUGGAAUUGCCUUUAGAGAUAACCUGUCAUGUCGUCUAUGUUAAUAUUAUGGGAUACAUAAGCAAGUAGCGCUGCCGAGGGGGCAGUGACUUCACUAAACAUGGCGGCCUAUUUUAAAUUUGUUUCACUUUUUUCCUAUAAUUUCCGUUUUUCUCGAAUAUUUAAUUUUUUACCCAGAAAACACAGUUUUCUUCAGCUUAGCAUGUGGAAGAUUCUUAAACACAUCAGUAUGCUGAUUUUACAGAAAUCAUAAAUCUUUCGGCAACGUUGAAAUUGCGUGAUUUUGACGAAUUUUGUUUCAUCCGUUAAAUACCAGUUCUACCGAAAGUAAAAGAGUUUCUGUCGAUAGCAAUAUGAACCAACAUCUUCUGCGUGACCAAGUUCCCUUAACUUACAAACGUAAACAAGUUUCUGGUGAGAGAAUUCGAAUUUUAAAGUAAGCAAGCUUUUCUAAGUGAAGACCCAACGAAGACUGCUUUUCGAUGAAAGCAAAUUUAUGAUACGGAAAAAGAUAUGAAGAAUCAACAUUUCUCACCUAGGGCCACCCUUUCGAUCAUUGUGCAGAAACUAACAUAAGAAAACUUAAAUAGUGGUACCUUGCGAAAUCAUGGUUUCCUUGCACGAAAUUUCGAGAUGCUUCGUCGGCAAUUCAAGGGAUCGUCUAAUUUAGAUAUUGCGGAGAUUUCUUUUAUUCAAACCUAACCAAAACUAAGCACAGGACAAUUCCUUUACAGAAGGACUACAAAGGAAGAAACAAAAACAUGUAAUAAUAUUUUGAGAAGUUUUUCAGCAGCCAGAUGUUUCAUUCGCACGACAGCUACACCUUGAUAUGUUUGCUCGAUGGAAGUUCAAAGUAUACAAGGAAGUAAAACGAAACAUUAAGAAAUGCUUUAAGCUUAGAAACAACACUGGCUAAAUAAAUCUUAAGAAUAGACGUGAAUCUGUGAAAGAAAUAAACGAAAAUACAUCUUGUUCACUAUUCAUAUGUUUAAAUCGGUUUCCAAGCUACGUUUAUUGGAGUUCAACACGGGUUUGGCGGGAUGCCAGAUAAGAGUAGAAAUGGAGGCGGGAGACGGGAUGACAGCAAUGCAUGUUAGUGACCGGAUGCAUGAUAAAAGAUUCUUUGGCAGGAGCGGGAUUUCCUCAAUUGACCCGCGGGAUGCGAGAUAGUUUUAAAAUUGACAGCGGGAGCAGGAUGAAAAACAAAAAAAAACUUGAACGUUACGGUCGUUACUCAGAGAACCGCAACUCUAACCAGGCGGAAUCGGGAUAAAGAUUCUCUAUAUCUCGAUGAAAAGAGACGAGAAGAGGUUUUUUUCUUUCUUUAAUCGAUCACAAAGCGUAGUAAAACCAAACCAAAUUACUUUGAACCCUGGAUUGAAAAUCGCUUGAACAAGACAACAUACAAGUACAGUGAAACCUGUAUUAAGCGGACCCCAUAUUAAGCGGACAUCAAAUUUGUUAUGGAACCACACCUGAAUAAAGCCUGUUAAGCCUUACCAAAACAGAACUCAAGCUAUAGUGGUUAAACUUUCCAACUUUUCCUAAAAGUUAUCAAGGAAAUUUUGGUCGCAUUGCUUUGAUUAAUCGUUUGAAACGUUGCCGGUUUGACCUAAAUUUUCUUCCUAAGCUCAAAUUUUGUUUUAGUUUGAGUUCGGCGUCUAUGACGAUCUUAUUUGGAGUUCUUUAUAUUUCUUAUGUCCUUAUCUUUUCUCAUUUUGUUUAGUCAGUUUUGGAGUUUUUCUGAUUUAUCUAAAAAUAUUUUCAAAUCCAAGAUGGCGGAUAUUUUGAAUGGGUGACGUCAUUUUAGCGUAAAGUUCCUCAAGUUAAACUAACUUCCUGAAAGGAAAUUUUAACAUCGUGUUGUAAGUUGAAUCCAUCGGGAUAUUGUAAACUGAGUUCCGUGGUUAUAUAGCUACAUUUGAAAAGCCCAGAAAACUUACUUUCACAAUACCGUUCUCGGCGUGCAGAACCCAGUCGAUCCCGUCUGCACUGGAUGAAAUUUCAUAAGAUGUCACCCAAUUGGCGACACUAUCAUACUUCUUCCCUUUGUAGCAACCUUUUUGACCGCCAUGAUUUCACCAAGAUCAACUUGGAGCCAGGAGUGUGGACCAGGUUGGUCAGCGACAGACCAUGCAGUGGGCGAGUUGUAACUGGGACUAUAAUAAGUCGAGGCUGUGAUAGCUCUGGCUGGAAUCUUUCCAUUUUCCAUUCCCAGACUCCUGUAGCAGGUUGAAGAAAUAAAGGAGAAAAGCUCACGGGUUGCGCAUCUAAAUGAUAAAAACAAUUGCUUAAACUUAAUUUGCGAUUAUGAGAAACCAUUGCACGCGAAAGGCGUUAACUGAGGAUGGUACACCCUUAGAGAAAAACAUUCUGCCUUCGGCUUUCGCUGUUCAACUUCGUGGUGAAAGUAGAUCAAUUCAAGAACAAAACUCUGUUCGUGUAUAACGAAAUCAAUAAAUGCAGCAAUAGGUCUAAGUAAAGGAGAUUAUGUUAUGGACUUUUGUUAGCUACAUUACUAACUAAAUUCAAACAACACUUAUCAUUUUUGGAUUAGCCAUUCUCAGCUUUGAUUUCAUGGAGGAGAGAUAAAUUUCUUUUUAUUUUGCAGUCUCCAAAGAAAUAAAACACAAACAUAUAUAUUUAAGUUUGGAAACAACAUAACUGAAUAACCAACUCCAAAAUAUAGAGGGUAAUAAUAAAUUUUAAUGGGUGCAAACGGGAAACAAAAUUUUGCAAAAACCUGUAACGCAGUUUUUGAGAAAGCCAUGAAAGGGUUUUGUGGGAUUCGCACAAUUAACUGCUACACAUUUCAUAACAAAAAGAUUUAUGUUUCCAGGUUGUGAAACCACGCAAAAUUGCAUGUCUAACAACAAACUGAAAAAAUGGAGGCAGGGUUUCAUAUUAAAAUUGGAAAAAUCCAGCUUUCUUUUGGGAAAGGAUGCCACAGUCUUUGCUGUGGUAACCUCUGUUGCUUAGAAGCCUUAAGAAAUAAAAGUGCUGUCAUAUGUGGUGAUCUUUGUGAAAUUGUUUUUUUUUUCCUCUACUUUUGGUGACGUACUAUCAAAAUAGCGGAAGUCAUUCUAAUGUUUAUGUGAUCGUUUGGUACAGGUCAGCGGGAUAAAAUUGAGGUAGCUUUUGAAUGUUAACACAGUGCACAAUAUCAAGUUCUAAAAUUGCUUUUCUCAGACAAACACGAGAUUUGUUCGAUUGUGGUUUCAAAGAUAACCUCGUGCUCACGUCAAAGACAAUUAAGGGGGUUAACAUGACGUCAACUGAUGCAAACACACUGUCCAAUAAAAAGGAAAUUCACUGAUUUAUAAAGACAAAAUCGCUCGCCAUAAGUGUAAUCUAGCACCUACAAGCUGUAACAGCAGCGUUACACAAUUUAAAGGUGAGUGUAGUAUUGAGUGUAUAAAAACUGAAAUUAGUUAUCCCUCGUAUGGUAAAUUAUUGUCAGAUGAAAUACAUAAGACUGGCUGGUUACGCUUCAAGCGGAAUAUUUUAAAAAGCACAAGACCUGUACCCCAUGUUCUGGACUGGGGAACCUCAUGACGACAAACAAGAAUGUUAAGCAAAAGUACGAGAACAGAACUUUUUCUUUUUCUUCAGCUCGCGUCGUUGUGUCGACUGCGUGAACUGGACAACAAGCACAUGCAGUGCAAGAAUUGUGACAGCGCUUUUUCAGUAGAAAUAUUAUGAGCGAGUUUCAAGAAAAGAUAUUGGUGUUACAUCUUGCCUAGAAAGUAUUUAUCUCUUUAUUUAUUCCAGCUUGUUAGAUUUCAGUCAUACAUGUAACGCGUUAUUUACCCCUUGGAUUUUCUUUCUGAACUUUCCAUGGGUCUGUGAAGAUAUAUGUAAAUUAUGUUUCUUAAGGGCAGAUUUAAACCACGGUCAGUGCCCUGCUAAAUGUAAAAAAGAAGGCUAGAAACAUAAAACGUUAAUGACGAAAAAUCGACAAAUGUAAGAGCAGUUUAGCAUAACCGUCACUACAAAUGCCUUUAACUUCCGCUAAUAAGGGCGCUUCAGUUUACAAAUUAAUCUGGCGAACGAACCGCAUCUUGGCCGUAACUAUUGAUUUCAUUUGUGCUGAAUACUGGCAAAUUAUCAGUGUUGCAAGUCACUGUCAGUUUCUAUGGCCAUUUUUUUCUUGUGCGCUACGAAAUCCUUUAUAUCGUGAGUUAAACGCUCGAACAGUUUUCCAAAGGCAGAGAGUUAUUUGACCCAUGAGCCCUCAGCUGGUUCCGGAACGAAACUCUUCGUGUGAAUAGUCACGAUUUCCAAGUUGUUCAAAAUUUAUAGUGGCACAACAUUUAUCAGCCUCAAAGAUGCCAAGACAUACGCAUAAUGCCGCUACUCCAUGGCAGUUUGUAUACCGAGCGAAGGGUCUUUUACAAGAGAGUGGCACUGAUCCCUGUCGUGACUGUACUCCGGAGUUUCCCAAAUGUCAAGAGAUAGUAAUUUGUCCCAAACACUUGGUAUAGAUCUGAUCCAGGCAGCCAAGAACGAGCUCGAGUUCCUUAAACUGGUGGACGAUAAUCCGAACCUGUGCAAAGGAUCUCUUGUUAAAAACGCCAUCAGACGAUAUGAGCUCUUUUGGUUGCCAUUUGCUUCAAGAUUUGGCUCAUCGCCAGCCCUCCAAGCAGCUCCAUUGGACAUCGCAUGGGUCUGGCAUGUCCACAUGUUGGCUCCAUUUUACUACGAGCAGGACUGCCUCAAUAUUGUAUCCACAGUGUUAGACCAUGCACCUUUAAACACCACCCAAAGGAACCUAGCCCUUCAGUUGACCAGAGAUCGCUGGUAUGGGGCACUUCCAGGGGAGCCGUUUGAAGUAGAUCUUACAAAACCCCCGACAUUGUUAACGGAAUAUCGAUCCAGGAUUCAGUACAAUCUGGAAGAAGCUUGCUAUCGUCAGUUCAAGUUUUAUUACCAAGUUUCAUUGCCACACUACAGUGACGACUUGUUUCUCAAAAGUGCUGCAGAACGGUAUGAGCAUCAUGUGCAGCUAAAGAGGCUACACCCAGACGUGUCCAUGGUUCCUUGCUACGAUGUCCAACUUAUCUGGCACGCCCAUCAACUUCACCCAUUAAAUUACAAGCAGACAACAACAGAAUUGUUUGGAACGCCGUUACAUCAAGAUGUUACAGGUCGAACCCCAGGAUCCAAUUUGUACCGCAUUGAAUUGAAGACGAGGUCUUUGUGGGAGGCGGCAGGAGAGCGUUUAGAGAAAGCAGGGGCCAUGUACAGAGGUGAUCCACCUGAUCCUAGUCCGCCGGCACCAAAGUCGCUGUAUACACUGCUUGCUUGUCAGGAGUAUUCAUUUGAGAUCCAAAAAGUUGAAUUCGAAGCAGUGGGAUUAAAAAGGCUGUUAAACUUCGUAAUUCAGAUGGAAAACUUGGAGGGAAGAAUCCUUUAUAGCCAAACCUUCAAAGGAGUUAAUCAAGAACAUUUCGGAGCACCGAAAAAAUUUACAAUCGAGAAUGGCGCAGAACCAGCCAUUAUUGUUUCUGUUUACAAGUGGGAGAUAUUCCGCACGAGGUUAAUUGAAAAGUGCCAAGUAGAUCUUCUCCCCUAUGUUCAGGAGGUUGUUGACGCUGAAGCCGCUACUGUAUCUAGCCAGCCAAUUACGAUUGACGUUCCUUUCUGCAGUGCACAGUAUACAGUAAAGUUAACCCUCAAGAUAGAUCCUCCGAGCAUCAUCAAACACUGCUUCAAAGUUCAACCAAUGAAGAAGUUUGUGCCCUGUAACCAUCCAUCGAUGGUGCUUAGUUUCCCAGAACUGAUGCUUUCCCCAAGUGAUCUAGCGAAGGUGUCUGUGCCUUGUGACUCUUCUACCCACCCUGUCCUCUGGAGAGGAUAUCGAGUGUUCAGGUACCGUGUUGUUCAUUCAUCAGAGGCGCUGCUGUCUGCGUUGGAGAUAAUUAACCUUUAUGAUCAGGUUGUGGCAACAUCCCACACAAUCAGCCCAGGUACAUUCCCAGAACGAAGUGCCGUUGAAGACCAGCAGAAGAAUAUAGUCCAGAACGAGAAUGAGGGUGAGAGAGCCAUGCUGAUUCGAGGUAAUAAAGAUUGGGGCGUUUGUAUCGGUAAGCUGACGAAAACAUCAGACAGAGGAAUACCAGGAUGGCAGCAUUAUGUCGCAAUAAAGGUCUACAAGUUGUUUGGUGAUCGUGGCUGGUGCUCAGUUCGCAAAUUAGGCCAUGGCGUGUUUGCGAUGCAAUUGGACCCUGACACCACUGUGCAAGUAGAUCUCAAGUUGAAUACGGUGAUAAUCUCCCCUCGUGCACAAAAUAUUCCUCAGAUUCUCGCUCUGGCGUUCUCGGUGUCAGUCUUGCACCUUCUGUGUAUCCCCUACGUCUCACACCCAUCGCGGAAAUCGUCGCCUUCUUCGCAAACAUCUCCUUCGGGCUUCAUAUCUCCUUCCAUUUACAGUGCCGGGUAUUUGAGUUCAAAGGUACCCACCAACGUCUGCCUCUCAGUGAGGCAGGACAUGUUGGAAACUUCCGAAGAAAGAGUUUGUCACUACGACUUCAACGAGGACUUACCGUGUGGCUGUAACGAUGGUUUGCCUAAUGUUGUAGGUGAGAAUGUGUCUGAUGAAGAGAGUCUGGAGGCCGCGGGAUGUGGCUCAGCAUGGCGAUAAUGCUGCUGGUGGUGGUGGAGGAGGAUGGAUGGGGGUUAACAGUGGUGGAGGUGGCGUAGGAAAAUGAGACGAUGGUGGGGCAUGUGUAGGAAGUGGUGGUGGCUGUGUUGAUGGACGUGGCUAUGGUGGAAGAAGAAGUUGUUUGGUGAAGAGUCACAAGGUGUUGGGGUAGUGAUGGUGAUGGCUGUCGUGCGUGGUUAAAUGGCGUCUAGAAGCGGGGAAAUCAUGUUCAUGGUUGAUGUAAGUAGGGGAUGUGCAAUAACGGGCCACUGUUUUUCACCAAAUGAUAUUUCAAUUAUGUGCUGGGUUAUCAGCUUUUAACUGAACAUUCUCUGUAUGGUCAGCUGAAAAGAAUUUGUGAACUGGAGUGCUGCUGUUAUACAUCUAUAUCUGUAUGAAGAACCAACUUCCAAAUAUAGAAUACUACAUAAUGAUCCCGAUAAACUCUGGGCAAGGAUUCAUCGGUUCCCUUGAUGCGCCAUAAUCCGAGUGGUAUUUCUGAU